GGGACACCUCAUUUGGCGAGGUUGCAGAGAUGGAGCCAGCUCUGAGGCUGCUGCUGGUGCUCAUGGUGUUCAUGCCCUGCACCGGAGAUGUCAACGUGUGGCCAAUGCCCAAAUCAGUGAGCAAUGGAAAGCAGACAGUCUUCAUCAGCAAGGACCUCAAGAUGACAGUGGUGGGGAGUAACUACUCAGACGAGAAGGCUAUCCUGAGGGAUGCCUUUGGGAGGAUGGUGGCAGUAGUGGAGCAGGAUCAUGUCAUCAGUGAAAGCUAUGAGAGGUCACCUGUGCUCGUCGGCAUGAAUGUGGUUGUCCGUUCCCGGGACGAUGAGGUACUGGCCGUACUGCUUCUAAUGGGAACCAGGACUCCUGUUAAUUUUGUGCUAUGCGUUUUGAUUCUGAAGAUUGGCCUUCUGCAGCUCAACUUCGGGGUGGAUGAAUCAUACAGCCUGUUCGUGCCUUCAACUGGACAUCCGUUGUAUGCUCAAAUUGAGGCUCAAACAGUUUUUGGAGCACUUCACGCAUUGGAGACUUUUAGCCAAUUGUGUAGCUUUGAUUUGGAGUCGAGGCAAAUUAUACUUCGAUCGGCACCUUGGAGUAUCCUGGACUCACCCAGAUUUCCUUACCGAGGGCUUCUUAUUGAUACUUCAAGACAUUAUCUUCCUGUACCUGUAAUAAAAAGGGUGAUCGAUUCAAUGACCUACAGUAAGUUGAACGUUCUUCAUUGGCAUGUUGUGGAUGAGCAGUCAUUUCCAAUUGAGAUACCUUCAUACCCAAAAUUAUGGAAUGGUGCAUACUCUUAUUCUGAGAGAUAUACAAAGGAUGAUGCUAUCGACAUUGUACAGUAUGCUGAAAAACGAGGUGUCAAUGUCUUGGCUGAGAUUGAUGUUCCUGGCCAUGCCCUCUCAUGGGGUGUCGGAUAUCCCUCAUUGUGGCCAUCAGCUAUCUGUAAAGAACCACUUGAUGUCAGCAACAACUUCACAUUCGAAGUGAUUGAUGGGAUUCUUCAAGAUUUUAGCAAGAUUUUCAAGUUCAAGUUUAUCCAUUUGGGAGGUGAUGAAGUCAAUACAAGUUGCUGGACUACCACACCACGCAUUAAAGAGUGGUUGAUUCUAAAUGGUAUGGAUGAGACUGAUGCCUACAGAUAUUUUGUAUUGAGAGCUCAAAAGAUAGCAAGAUCAUAUGGCUAUGACAUCAUUAACUGGGAAGAACCGUUUAACAAUUUUGGAGACAAGUUGGACCGUAACACUGUGGUGCAUAACUGGCUUGGAGGUACAGUUGCAGAGAAAGCGGUUGCUGCUGGUCUGAGAUGCAUUCUAAGCAAACAGGAAAGUUGGUACCUGGAUCACUUAGAUGCUCCAUGGGAGGGGUUCUACAUGAAUGAACCACUGGCAAACAUCUACAAGCCAGAACAGCAGAGGUUGAUCCUUGGUGGUGAGGUAUGCAUGUGGGGUGAACAAGUAGAUGCAUCAGACAUUCAGCAAACAAUUUGGCCACGUGCUGCAGCAGCUGCAGAGCGGCUGUGGACACCAAUUGAGAAGAUUGCAACGAACACAAGUAUGGUCGCUCCAAGGUUGGCACGCUUCAGGUGUUUGCUGAAUCAAAGAGGGGUUGCUGCUGCACCGCUAGUUGGCUACGGCCGUUCAGCGCCUUCAGAUCCAGGGUCCUGUAUAAGCCAGUAGGAUUAUUCUAAGCAGGUACAUAUCAUACCUUAAGGAGGAAAUAAACAUAAUUUCAGGCAUCCUUGUUGCUUUGAGCAAUUAAGAAAAGCUAAGAUCAAUGCAAGGUAGUGAGUUUUGUGGUCCAACAGAACUUUCUGAUAGAUAAUACUGGCACUCAUUCUGAUGGCGGCGACUGUAUAGAUUUGGAGAUGUAUGAUCCUGUCUUGUACUCGUGUACUAUGAGAGCACAUGAUAGGGAAACAAAUUAAAGGUGUUGGCAUCAAUUCUAAAAGGCGCUUUGCCCUCAA